AGAAAAGAGAUCUGUGUUUGUGGUUUAGACCCGUCGCUCUUGUAUAGUCAGUUGGUUAUUGACACAUUGCCAAUAUGGCGGUAAAGUGAAAAAGGCUUGUGCAGCAUGCAUCGUGAUCUCAUUCUCGCGCAGUGAGUGUUUUCCCAGAUUUGAUCUGAGACCUAUUGCUGGCAGCUAUAACUAUGAUGCCAAGUUUACGGAAGAAAGUUGCUGGUUUUAUGCGCCAACUAUCUAUUAGCAACUUGGCUGGGGCUGUGGAAAGUAUAGGUCUUGGAGAACAGUCACUUCAAAGUCCACAAUCGUUAACUGAGGAAUUUCCUGGUGGCUGUUUUAUCACACGUUAUCUCAAUGGAUUAGAAACAAAACAAGAAGGCCCGUCAAUUUUACACGGCCGAAAUCCAGAAGAAUUGCCGAGUAGGCAACUCGAUAAUUUUCAAGAAAAUGAAGAUAUAUUUGCAGCUUAUACCGGUCCCGAUAGUGGUCUUACAGCAGUCAAUCUUCAACAGAAACAUUUAAGUAUUAGUGACACUGAUAUAGAUUACAUUGAUAUGUUAGAUCAAAAUGAACAGUAUAGAAGUGGAUCAACAACAUCAAAUAUUAAAAUUGCUGGAGUUACUGAUUGGUGUAAUCCUCAUGAAAACGCAUAUGGAAUUGCAACUACACUAUAUGAAAAAAAUCCUACAAAUAAUAUUAACAAUGGAGAACCAAUAGCCGAUUGUUUCGGCAUUGUGGCAAGACCAAGCUCUGCCAUAUUAGCUCUUGCAGAUGGUGUCAAUUGGGGUACAAAAGCGAGUAUAGCAGCCAGAUCUGCAGUUCAUGGAAGUAUAGAGUAUUUGAACCAGGCUCUGUUCUGUCCAUCUAUAAAUAGCGAAAUGACAACAAAAGAUGUAUUUAUAGCAUUACUUCGUUCAUUCCAUGCAGCACAUUCACUAAUUCUUCAGGAACAAGGAAUGCUCACUACCUUAACAGUAUGCACAAUCCUUCCACUGCCAAAUUCAAGUACUGAUACAAAUAUAUGCCAGAAAAAAUAUAUUGCCUGUACCUGCAAUGUUGGUGACAGUCUAGCUUAUGUAUACUCGAGGAAAACUGGGGUGAGAGAGAUAACACGAGGAUCUCACGAUAUUCACUGCAUGCGAGACAUGCGAGAUGCCUUAGGAGCUCUAGGUCCAGUGGAUGGCUCUAAUCCUGAAUUGAAUAACUUAACGCUGGCCAUAACUGAAGUUGAAAGAGGAGAUAUAGUAUUUUUGACGAGCGAUGGAAUUUCGGAUAAUUUUGAUCCUGUAGUGGGAAAAUUUGCAGUCUUACCAAAUUACAAUAGUAGUGCUGACGCCAUGAUAAAGAGUUACGAUGCAAGAUCAAAAACGCGUCGAAAAUCUACAGAAAAUCUCCGACACACAGAAUCAAGUAAUAGUAAUAAUGUGAAUAGCAACAAUCUACCAGUAGUUGAAGCUUAUCAAAGACACGAACUCACACUACUCAGAAUGGAAGAUCUGUUGAGACGUGGAGUUUCUGGAGAAGGACCGCCAUGCAAUAGUGCCAAACAUUUGUGCGAACUUCUUUUAGACUUUGCGGUGCGCAUAACUGCUGCAAAAAGACGAAUUCUAGAAGACACGGAAUUGUAUUAUGCACAACAUAAAGACGGUCAAUUGAUACAGCUUUCAAAGCAAGAGCAGAGAUCUCGAAGAAAAAAGACACUAGAGAAGAUAUCUAUGAUACCUGGCAAACUAGACCAUGCGACAGUCGUAGCGUAUGUAGUUGGAUCCUAAAUUUCUUCAAAGUGUAAUAUGUAAUCAAUAACAAUGAUAGAGCAUACGUUUUAUAGUUUGUAUAGAAAUUAAUUGAAUUUUCUAUAUUUUUUUUCUAACAGUCUUAUUUGUAGUAUUAAAUAAAAAGAAAAUAUAUCUUUUACACAAGAAUCUAUGUGUCAAAUUAUCAGUAUUCUAAAUCAUCUAAUUAAAGAUAAAAUAAAAGAUAUAUAAAAAUGUAUCUAAGAUAAGAUGGAGACAUAUAUUACAUUUUACAAAUUUAUGUAAAUGAAAUUAAGUAUAUCACCUAAAUAACUGUAAAUUUAAUAACAAUUUU